AUUGUGAAAUAAAAAGAAUUUUUUUUUUAUAUAUUCGAUGAAAGCAAAAGAACUCUUGAUUUCUUUCUUUAUACUAAAUUUUUUCACAUUUCGUUCGGGUCAAGUUUUAUGAGUGUAGGAUUUGAAAAUCGGUCCAUAUAAUAUAUAAAUUAGUCAGUGUUUGCAUUUGAAAAUCGAUGUCAAAUAAAUGUGAGCAAAUUGUGUGAUUUAAUUUGAGUUAAAAUCGUACGUAAAAAUUUCAUAGCACACAAAAAAGUAUUGAAGCGAAGAGAGCGAGAAAGAGAGAGAAGAACUAUACAUACCUAUGUAUAGUAUAAAAAGUUUUCGUGAAAUACGGAGUCUUCACUCUGCCAAUGUGACCGGACUGAAACAGAAAGCGAACACGGAAUCGAAACUCCACUGGAAUUUCUUAGUUUUCAUCGAGUUUCGAAUCAUGUGACAGAUUUAAAUGAAGUAAUUUACUUUCAAACGGUGAAUAGAAAACCACAAAUUGUGUUCAACAAUGGAUGAACGAAAAAUUGAAUGCAAUCUAGACAUUUAAGAGUCACCGAUAAAAAUCCUUCACAUAACAAGACGCAUUCGGUUGAAAACGGAUUGACAAAGUUCAGGAAUAUACCUUUUUGCUCGAAAUUGGAAUCGAACGGAACAAAAUGAGAUUUCUGAGGAAAAAUGGAAACAAUUUGAGCACAAUGCUAGUGGUAAAGCCAAUCUUAAAUAUAUUUUAAAUAUAAAUAAAAAAACGUCGAAAGAAAGGGAAAAAAGUGUUUUCUUCAGGGCACCAUUGUGUCAGGCUGACAACGUGCUGUUGUCUCCCAUCCUCCCUCGAAAUCCAUUAUAAAGACACACGCACCAACGAUUAGCCACAUAAAACGGUCACGCGGCAUCGAAAGUGUGAGUGUGUGAAAAAUCGUUUGUGUUUUUGUAAAAGUGAAGCGAAAACGAAGGAACACGACGCAGUCGACUGGCACUUUAGCCAUACAAUUUUCUUGAGAGGAAUGGCAAAUAUUAUAUCAAUAGCAACCAGUAUGAAAAUCACAAAUCCAAUCAAGGAGAUGGUCAGCAAGAGCAAAAAACGGUUUACCCAGGAUGGAUUCAACUUAGACUUAUCAUACAUUCAAGAUAAUUUAAUUGCGAUGGGUUUUCCGGCAGCGAGAAUGGAAAGUGUUUAUAGAAAUGAUAUAGAACAGGUUUACAAAUUUUUCGAAAUGAAACACGAAAAUUGUUACAAAAUUUACAAUUUGUGUUCCGAACGUGAUAAAAACUACGAUAUUACAAAGUUUCAUUCUAGAGUUGCAAAAUAUCCGUUUCCGGACCAUAAUCCUCCGAACAUAAAAUUAAUUGAAUCCUUUUGUACGGACGUACACAAGUGGCUAAGUGCUGACAAAAAACAUGUGGCAGCCGUUCAUUGCAAAGCUGGCAAAGGUCGAACCGGGACAAUGAUAUGCUGCUACAUGAUUUACAAUGGUCGUUUUAGUAGUGCGAGUGAAGCACUUAAAUUUUAUGGAGAAGCACGAACACAUGAUCACAAAGGCGUUACGAUUCCAUCGCAAAGACGUUACGUUGAAUAUUACGCACGUCUAAUCAACUCACAGAAACCAUACGAGCCGUUUCCACUAAAGAUAUGCGAGAUAAAAUUAUCGCCAUUGCCAUUCAUAAACAGCCAUCAGGGAACGGUGCAUUUGAAAAUAUCAUAUGUAGACAAUGACGAGGAAUGCGUAGUGUAUAAAAACGAAGUACCUGAUACGAAGAAGAUGACAAAUUUCAAUUCAAUAGUGGCGGCAGCAACAACAAAUCAACCCGCAUCGAAUAUUAAUACAGCAACGACAGCAACGACGACGACAGCAGCAUCGGUGGCGGCAGCGGCAGCGGCGUCACAUAUAGAUGGCUUAAGUAACGGGAGUAACGGCGGUGUUCAUAACAAUACCGACGGUAUUGUGAUCAUAUUAGAUAGUUGUAAAACACUUUCCGGCGACAUCAAAGUUGAAUUUUACAUGAAACCGAGAAUAUCACGGAAAAAGCCGCUGUUCAGUUUUUGGUUCAACACAUAUUUUGUCAGCGAAAGGGAAAAUGAUGCUGACAAUAACAACCCUUUCAUCGAAUAUGUGCUGUCGAAAAGUGAAAUAGACAAUGCGUGCAAAGACAUCCAAUGUAAAACUUUUCCAUCAAAUUUUGAGGUUCGGGUGAAAUUGAAGCCAAGCGAAUGCAUGAGCGAUGACGAUAUUCAAGUGAGCCGUUUAAAUAUCAUGAACAAUGAUCAACGAACAUCAAGCAUGAAUUCAUUUGUCGAUGCGCACACACCGUCCGAAAGUCCUGAAGCAUCCAGUUCUGAAUCGUCAACAGGUGGUGACUGGGAAUCUGGUGAGUUCAACAAAACAAAUGAACUUAAUGUAGAACAUUGGCCAAAGCAACGUACAUUUAGCAAUAGCAAACAACAACAACAACAACAACCACAACAAUCGAAAUCAAUAAAAAAAUUAGCUAAUUUUAAACAACAACAAAAACAAAAUAUUAAUAAUAAUAAUAACAUCAAUAAUACUACUACUGUAAACACUGCUAUCACUACAUCCAAUAGUUCUGUACCCGCUAAAUUAUCACAUCAACAUCAAUUCAAAGCAAAAUCGAAUAGCAUUAAAAUAUUCAAUAACACAAGUAAUCUUAGUAGUAGCAAUAAUGUCAGUGUUAAUAAUGUCAAUAUCAAUAAUAAUGUACACCUAAGCAAAUUAAAUUCAAAGAAAUUGCGUUGGUUGUGGAAUAUGCGAAGUGAUCCGGAUUUUCAUGAGACAAUUGUGAAAACGGUGAACAUUCAAACGCCAUCUGAAUUGAUUAGCGGUAGACAACAGUCAAACGAUAGUUUAGAUUAUUAUUCGGAGAUCUGUGAUAAUCAACUUAGUGUAGGUUCACCGUACAAAAGUCCCAGCGACCGUGUACCAUCCAUGCUUAACGAUCAAACAGCGAAAACACGUUCACGUACGAAUAGUUUUAAUACGAAACGAUAUCAUAAUCAUUUAUAUGGCGCACACAAUAAACAUACGCAUGCAUCAAAUCGACGAUUCACGCUACCCGAGCGUUGUAGCAAUCGGCAUCCCAAUUCGUCAUCGUCAAAAUUGGUCAGUCGUGAUGGUGAUCGUUGUGAUUUGGUUGUUGCCAAACCGAUUGAAUCUCAAUGCAUUGGUUUUAAGGUGGCCAAUCAAAUGACAACGAUUUCAACCACAUUUAUUAAUAAUAAUGAGAUGGAAAAUGUUGCUGGCAAUGAUUAUUUAAAACCCGAUAGAAGUGGAAAUCCAUUGAAUUCGGAUCAAUUGAAAAAACGAAUUGAAAAUGAUGAAAAAUUGUGUAAACAACUUCCAAAACGUCCAAAAUCCAAUGAUUUCGAUGAAAUUCCGCCGGUUAGUGCCAGUUCGAGUUCAUCAAUUUCAACAGCAAACGAACAAAAUUCCAUAUUCGAUUUUUCGCUCAGUCCAAGAAAAAAUCAUUCAAAACUCAUCAUUGGUUCGGACAGUACUGAUGUCAGUGCGAGCAAUAGUCCAACCGAUGAAAGUCCCGAAUACAAUCCAUCACUGUCAGAAGUGUUACCAUUUUUCCAAGCAAAAAAUGAUGGCGAAAUCAAAUUACCGCCACCACGACCGCCGCAACCAUUACGAUCGGCGUUGACAUCGUCGGCGACCACAACCGAUUGCGAUGAAGUCGAUGGCAGACACAUGACUCCGACCUGGCCGGAUAAUGUGAACUCAAUAUUGCCAGCAUCGACAAUGACAUCAAAUGACAAACACACCGAUAACAGUGGAUCAAACGAUCUCACAACGAGGUCAUCGACCUCAUCCAAUAGCACAACAUCAUCUUCAUCAUCGUCUCUAACCAAUAAUAAACGUAGCCGCCCACAAUUUUCAUUUCGAGAAAUACGCAAGGAAUUGCAAUCCGUGAUGCGACAAAAUCGAAACAUUUCAAAGAAGUAACACCACAACAAUUGUUUUGGUGAUUUGCUUUUCUUUUCGACAACACCUUCGUUUUGUAUCUUUUCGGAUAAAUUGCCCAUAUUUAUGUAUAUAUAUAUAUAUUAUUUUUCAUCGUUUAUAUUCUAUGUUUUCAUCUUUCUAAUUUGUAUGCGUGCAGUGUGUUGAUUCUAUUUUCGUGUGUAGCUAGCUCUUCAUAUUUUUUUUUAUUCAUCUUCAUCGUCACAUGAUCUGUAUGUCGUUUAUAGAUUAUAUCUUAUAUGCCUUACAAAGAAAUGAAAAAUUUGUGAACGCGAGCAAAUAACAAAAACGAGAAAAAUUAUGUGAAAUUUCUAUGAAAACAAUUUUGAAAGAAAAUGUGUUGAAUUCAACAAAUUUAUGUUCGUUUAGAAAUCGUUGAAAGUUUAGCAAGUAAAAAGUGACACGACGAAUGAAAAAAAUAAUAAUAUUGAAUUAAAAGUUUAGAAGCUCGGAAAUAUGUACAUAAAACAAAUAAAAAAGGAAGAAAAGAGUUUUUUUUCUUCUUCUUAUUCAUAACUUAUAUACGUAGAUUUUUUUAAUUGAUAAUUUUAUACGAUUUUUUACUAUUAUGCAGAAUAAUUAAUCGCACAUUAAUUAGUGACAGAGAGAAUGAUGAAAAGAAUCAUACGCACUCAGUACACACAUAUAUACAUACACAUCCCAUUUAUUAGACAAGGCACACGUAAAAAGUACAUUUUAAAAUAUAGAAAAAGAGUAUACUAUAUAUCACGUGACAAAAUAGGGUUAUCGAUUACAUAAUUUUUUAUCGUCUGUAAUAAUUGAUUGUUAAAUGAAUGUACAGCAGUCGUUCUUCUUCUUCUUUUUUUUGUCAUCAUCCCAUAAAAUAAUAUUAAAAUAUCAUCAUCAUCAUCAAGCAGCAACAACGUGUGGGAAUUUGACUUGAAUUAAUUUUAUAUCAAUUUACUGAAUAUUAAAUAGUGUUCAGUUUCCUCUUUUUCUCCAUUCAUUUUUCGAAUCAGAUAUGCUAGCAGCGACGACAGCGCAUAUGAUUUUAUUCACACACUAUUCUCGGUGAAUAUAUUACCUUGAAUUGAACAGCAACAGUUCGAUUGUUGUGAAACCGCCUGUCGAAUAUUUAAGUAGCGUUAAAAAACACACUUGCAAAAGCAAACACAUACGCAGAAAAAAGUACAAAUUUUGAUAGUUAUUUCGUUGCCAGUAAUAGGAAUUUUGCCUCUUUUUUAAAUAGAUGAAAAGUGGUUACGCAAUGGCCAUUAAAACAAAUACUUAUUAUCUUAAUCAAACACAAAUCAAUUUAAUGCUGCUGCUUUUGCCAUCUUUUGACGGCUGAAAAAAAAAACAAUUCAAGAAUGUCUUUAUUUUCAAAGAAUUCGCACCGAUUGCCCGAAAAAAUGUAGAUCUUUAGGCAAGAGUAGUAGUAGAAUUUUAGUUUUUAAAUUUAAGAAGGAAUAAAGCAAAGAAACAGUUUAUUUUAUAGUUAGUAACACAGAACUCAGACUAAAUUCGCUUGUUGAUUGAGCUUCAAAGUUGGCGUUUUUACAAAUAUAUAUAGAAAUCUAUCGAAAAAAAUUAAUUGAAAAAAAAAUCGUUUUUUUUUUACGUUUGAAACAAUCGUUGAUCUAAAGAUUAUUUCUGUUUUCAUAUUAUUUAAAUUGUAGUGUCUAUUAGAUGAAUAAGUUUUAUAUGAAAAAAAAAAAAAAUCAACCACGCACACCCAUACACCUACGAAAAA